AUGGAACCACUUCGAGUCAGCAAUGAUCGAGAGUUUGAGCCGCCAGAUUUUUCAUUUCAGGACCACGGAGUGGACCUGCGACUGUAUGAUCCCUCAAGAGUCUCAAGCCGCGAUCGAAGGAAUUCUCAAUACUCAGUUACGGACUCUCUAUUAUCUACUCCAAAUCGACCAGAAUCUUGGCAGCAAGUAAGCAGCAUUUCGAGUUCCUCAACAGCACAAAGUACAAAUUUGAACCUCCCCGCCCAACCUUUACAGAAUACCCACCAUACUGUAAUUUGGAAGAUCAAUUGGCAACAACCAACUUUUAUGUGCUCGGCGCUAUUGUGUGGUCUGAUUUUGGCAAUUGGACAUCAUGCUUACUACAAUUCAUUAAGUGGGACUCCGGCAGGGGAUGCCACGAGACAAGCUUGGUCAAUUCGAUUCGGGACAGCCUUCGCAUUUCUCGUCGUCGCAUGUUUCAAAGCCAUUACUGUCUCCGCACUGGGGCAAUAUCUUUGGAGCGUCGUAAGGUCGAAAGGUCUCAAAAUUAGUGAUCUUGACAGAUUGUUCGCGCUCACAAGUAAUCCGAUUAGCCUGUUCAGUGUUUCUGUUAUCAAGAAUGCUUCCCUGGCAGCAUUACUAGGCACAAUUUUCUGGACCAUGGAUUUCGUUAGUUUUGCUCCCGCAGCUACGCUCUCUGUCGUUCCAGUCAAUAUUACUAUUUCAAUGCCAAUUCCGGUAUUGAAUGGAACCAAAUUUUUGCUUGAUACGCAAUCGCCCGAAGCUGUAGUGGAUACCAGAAUCUCAGAAAAAAUUGCGCAAAAGUCAGCAUCUCUAGCUGAUGUGGUCCCUCUAAAUUUUUCGAUCGCGCCUCAAAUCUGGUCCUAUAAUAUGCAGUUCUUUGGUCUCACGCUCAAGUGCAGAGAAGCUAAAAGUACUGAGCAAGCUAUUUUCGAUCAACUGGUGCAUGAUAGGGAAGAAUUAUCAGUGUUUGUUGUCCCUCAAAUCAAUGACUCGAUUUGGAACAACACAAUGUCUGAGUCAGACCCAAAAUUACGUUACCUUCUCCUCUAUUUUUCACUUCGGACAGUCGCCCUCUAUGAUUCAAGUUCUCUGUAUGAGCUGUAUGUGAACAAAUCAACUGCUUAUCAUAUUUUCGUACAAAGUUCGACGUCAAGCAUUGUAUGUACAGCCAUGAAUGCCUCUAUUUCUGUUACAAUCGCUUCUGUCUACGGCAACCAAGAAAUCACGCAACACAGCACCCAGUACCUAAACGAGAUACCUUUGUGUGAUGGAUCACCCAGCUGUUUGGUGGAUUUUUAUCAAUUUUCCAAUUUCGAGGAAGUUUUGCAAGGAAACAUCACGUUACGUGAAGGAGUGGCAAAAGCAGGCACCUAUGGCUACGAUAUGGUCCCUGUUUUGAUCGACAAUCCUCUCCUACGUCUAUUUACCGCAUGCGACGACGUACAGGCUUCACCAUUUGGGUCCCUAUAUUCUCCAAGUUCCUCUUCUCCACGGCCCAUUGAGGAUAUUUUUAAAAUCGAGCCAUGGCAGUGUCGCAAUCGAACCUUCAUGAGAGCAAUCGAGGAUCUUUCCAUCAAUAUCACCAUAGGUUAUCUUGGUUCUCCCAAUCUCACUAGUAGCAGCACAGAAUAUGCAAAUAUCACCACCUUGGACACUAGGAAUAUCUACGUCUAUCAUCCGCUCUAUCUCGUCCUUUCCUAUAGUAUCGGAUUCUUUCUGGCAAGCCUUUGUGGUGCGAUUGGUCUUUACUCUAUGCAUGUUAAUGGUGUUUCGCAUUCAAACUCCUUCUCCGCCAUCAUGCUUACAACAAGGAAUCCAGACUUGGAUAUUUUGGCAAGAGGGAAGUCGUUAGGAUCUGAUCCAUUGUCUAAAAGUAUCAAAAACACAAAAUUAAGGUUUGGACCGUUAUUAUCACAACAGGCUCCCGAUAAGAUAGGAUCUGAUGAAUCUCCUCGGCACGUUGCAUUCGGGUUUGAGGGAAAUGUUGACGAAUUGAAAAAAGGUGGAAAGUAUAUAUGAUCAGAGGGAACUGCAACGACAAAUGCGAUUCGGAAAAACACCAUCCUAACAAUUUUUGAGCGCUCCAAAAAAGCACAAAAAAUAUAGCGAGUGCUCAAACCAUCAACACAAAUGAAACAACAACUUACCAUCUCCAGCGGGCCCACUUUCGAUUUCCACAUCAUCUAAUCUCAUUCAAGAUGCCCCAGUAACCAUUUUGUACACUAUGCCGGGCCAUAUCAUUAGUGAGGGUCACAUGGUCUACCUUAGGUUUCGUGGUACUCCAAGAACUAUAGGCCGGCGAACACUUGCGAUCUCGAAAACUCUACAUAACAUGUUAGUUGCAAUGAAUGUUUUUGAGAUUUUAUCGAGAUUAGAAGCCAAUGGCCUGAUCACUGCACUAUGCUGUUUGUUUUCGGGUGGAAGCUUACUUGCGUACAUAUACCGUGAAUCUGAGGGGAGUGAAUGGGCUUGUUAGAUCCUGCACCUUAUUUGAGGAUGAAGUAAUCAAAAUUCCUCAAAGAUACCUAUGAUAUAUUUUUUUGCGAGCAACCCAGAUGUGAUGUCUUGUUAAGAUAUCAACCACAAAUUCUCUCAACGGCGCUGUUUUUACAGAGCUCCUAUUCAGUACAUUUGGCAGUUUUGGGAAUACUUUCAACUUUAUCCCUAAUGUGGUAGAAACACCGAAGGGUUCUCUGUUCAAUAAUACGCACCUCUGUCAUAUAAAUACUGCAAGAAUUUACAUAGAUUUGGAAAAAGGAAUUCAGGAGAAUAAUAAGCAUGGCAUGUCGUCGCAAGUAUUAGCUAGAAGCCUCCAAGUCUCCGGGGUAUUAGAGUCAGUAAGUUGACCUUGACUGAAUUGUUCCAAGAUUCAAGGCCCAGGUCUUUUAUAGCUAUAAAUUAUUGAACGUAAAUGGGUAGUACAAUAUGCAUACUU